CGUCGAUUCAAAAGUGACAUUUUCGGUAUGAAACAGUCGAAGUUUGAUAGUUGUUUUGAAUAGUUAUAAGCUCGGUGGAUAGUCUUUUUGCGCUCACGAGCAAAUUAGUCUUUCAAAAAAGUUGUCGGCACUCGAUAAAGAAGAAAGAAGAGAAAAUGAAUUUGAAAAGUUUUAUCAUUUAUUGCGUGAUAUUUGCGCUGAUUUCAAUACAAGUUGAAUUGAAUGAAUAUGCUCAUUUGGGCAACAAUCGAAGUGAAGAAAAUGAAUCUGACAUAGAAUCUCAUACGAACAGUGUUCUUUCAAACGAUCAUGACGAAUAUGGGAAAUUCUUAGUUUAUUCGGUUCAAUCACCAAUCGAUCUCAGGAUGAACGAUGUGAAAAUAGCAAAACAUUUGGUACCAUUGCGAUUUUUCGGUCAUUGGAAUCGAGAGGGAGAGGCUUACAUUGAAAAUACUGGAAAAUCAGCAGAAAUAAAAUUUAAAGGUCGCGACGAACAACCAUACAUCUUAACCGGUGGUCUUUUCGAUCAUGGUGGUCAUUACAUUUUUGAACAAAUUCAUUUUCAUUGGGGUGAAAAUAAUGAGAUGGGUUCAGAGCAUAAAAUCGAUGGAAAAUCGUAUUCAAUGGAAGGACAUUUGGUUCAUUACAACUCGAAAUAUAGCAAUUUCAAUGAGGCGUCGAAGGAAAAAGACGGUUUGGUUGUAGUUACUUUCUUCUUUGAUGCUACUGGAAAUAAAACGAAUCCCGAAUUUGCAAAAAUAAGCAAUUUUCUUGGAAAAAUUACUGAAGUUCAUUCCAAUUUUUCCAUUAGCUCCGACAGUUUAAAAUGGAUGGAAUCUCAAGAUUUGGAUGAAAAUUAUUUUACAUAUCGCGGAUCGUUGACAACGCCACCAUAUUAUGAAUCGGUCACAUGGAUCAUUUAUCGCCAACCAAUUAAAGUGUCUACAGAUCAGAUUGAAGCUUUCCGCAGUCUCAAAUCAGUGGAUAGUUCACUAAUUAAAAAUAACAUUCGUCCCAUACAAUUGCCAUACAAACGACCGAAGAUUACUUUCAUAGUUAAACGUUGCGAACAAUUUAAAUUUAAAAUCAAACAAAUGAUUAGCUGUUCUGUGAACUCCAAGGUUCACUUCAAUCAAAAAUACGGAGAUUUUCAAACGGCAAUGCAAAAAUCGGAUGGAUUAGUGGUGGUUGCGUUUUUCAUUCAAAUUCUGGGUGAUAUACAAUGUGACUUAUUUCGUAAAAUCAGCGAUGCAAUCCCGAAAAUACGUGAACCGAAAACAAAAUGCACCAUUGAUUCUGACUGUUUACAGUGGCUGUCGUUGCAAGAAUUGGAUAAGCAUUACUUCACGUAUCGUGGAUCAUUGACAACGGCACCGUAUAAUGAGUGCGUCACUUGGAUAAUUUAUCGAACGCCGGUAUUCGUAUCAAAGCAACAGUGUGAACUUGAAUAUUUAAAUUCUUGGACACAUUUAAAGGUUUCCGUUUUCCGUAACAUGUUCUCCAUUGAUCCAACAAAGAGAAUUGUAAGGAAUUGCCGGUCGAUACAAACGACACCGCCCAAUCGAAUGCCGUCGGUUAUUUUUACACGCAACAUUCAACUCAAGUCGAAAUUAUAACACAUAAGUCGGGUGACACAAUUCGUCUUCAACAUGGAAAAUGGAAAAAUGGUUAAAAAUGCAACAGCACUGU